AUGGAGCGACGCUCGAGCAUCAUUAGCGAGCUGGCCAAGACGCAGCGCCGUCGCUCUGCUAUCACCCUCAUUGUCCCAGGCGAGGAAGCAAAUACGUUCAAGAAGGACACUGCCAACGCCUCCAAUGAGGAGCACAGAACCUUUGAGAGCUUCAAAGCGAAGCCACGCUGCCCCACACCGGAGCUCAACAACGCUGCCUAUGAGGGCGAACACGUCAACGGUCUUCCCACCGGCGCGGCUGUGAUGAUGCCGCAUCUCAAUGGAAACAACAUCAUGCGAGCGAAUAGCGACGUUUUGCAGCACAUUAUGCCCCGAAACGGUGGCCCGGCUCCGAUGCCUCAAGGCGGUGGCGCUCCCGCUCUCUUGCGGCAAGUCCCUCCUUCACAUCAGCAGCAACAGCAGAAGCCCAACCACGCACUGCGAGGCGCAGUCGCCAAUCGACCCACAGACAUGCACGUCUUUCCCCCAGCCCCGCCAUUCACAGAGGCGUCACGACAAAAGGUGGGCGGCAGGCGGGCCAUCAACCCCGUCAUUGCAGCCUCGGCCUCUUCGCAUCAGCCACCGCUGGGUGUCACCGCGACAAAGGAGGACAACACUACACUGCGCCACAGUGCACCCGUUAGUGGUGUGGGUGACAGCCGCCGUCCCCUCGCGUCAAACGCCAUGGCUUUCAAAAAUUCCCUUGUCCUCUCCUCGGAUAAGAUUCCGCGGCGGACGUCUCUUCGAGUUUCCUCCAGCAAUCGACUCCAGCUGGGCACCGCCGCCGCAAGCGGCGCAGCAGGCGGGGUGAGCAACAACAGUGACAGUGGCGCCGCUUCCUUGACUUCUACUCCAACGGUGGCCUCCGCAGCCUCCAAGCUUCAAAACCCCGCCGCUGCUGCCAUUGGUAUUCACGGUAGCGCCGGCUAUCCGUCAUCCCCACAGCCCCUGUCGGCCCCACUACCGCAACCGAGCGCCAUGCAGACCUCCGCUGCGCAACGGCAAUCACUCGCGGUGAGCUACACAAAAAUGCCUUCCAGCGCUACGGACUCAUCUCAAGAGGAUUCUCAGGGUGCCACUCAUUCGAGCCUUGGUCGUCGCUCGACCCUGCCACAACCUAGGGUGCAGCACGAAAUCGACCUUACGCGUGUCCCACGUCCGCCUGUUCGGUGUCCUCAGCACCAGCGGCUGGCGGUCAGCUCAAGGAAUGGGAUGCGGGAAGCGGAUUCCAGAGGUAAGUCUGACAGGCUUUCCUUUCCCGUCUCAUCGCACAGCAUUAGCGAACGUGGGAGCAGUGGCGACUCCAGCUCCAAUUUGGGGAGCGUGGAGGACAGUAAGUCGUCCUCCACGACGUGUGACUUGUCCGUCGUGAUCAUCGACUCCGAGCUGGCCAGUGCUGUCAGUCUCGCGUCUGCAAUCCCAGCAUCUGCACUCUCGCGGCAACGCUGCGAGUCGCCGCCGGCUGACCUCACUGACAUCCUUGCAUCCGGCAUGGCAGUCCCUAUCGCCUCUGUGCCUGGAAAGAAACCAACUGUAGGGUCUCCAUCAGCAUCUCCGCUAACCGCUGGUCGUGCCGCCGACGGAGACCGUUCCAGCAACGUACGGAAAAGAGAGGAAAAAGAUCGGGAUAGCGCCACGUUCUCUGAGGACUCGGUCGAUCUCCUGUCAACGACGGACUUCUCCGUGCUGAUGGAAUCGCCUGGGUUUGUCGCGGCACCGAGUGAGGGGCAGAGACGACUCGCGACGCUCUCCAGCAGGCCCCUUCAUCUCAACAGCGGCAGCGAAACUGUCGAUCGGAUUCUAGAGAAACCGAGCGACGCCUCUAUCAGCAGCUUCGGUCUGCUGUCAAACGACGACAACUGCGCUUGCAAUAACGUCGCUCCUUCUGCAUCAACCACCAAAGUUGCACCAGCAUCACCAUCGUCACCGAAGCUCACGCAGGUUAAGGAGCGGGCACGUCGCAGGCGGGACAGUACCGUGCGCCUGCCAUCCCCAGUCGACCUGAACAGUCUAGUCUUGUGGAAGGAGAGCGAGUGGUCCAUUUUAUCACCACUGAUGUCUUGCAAGCGCCACGCCGACGUAGCCUCGCCCGCUGGUACAACAAAGAACGCCAGCAGCACCGGCAACUCUGAAAACUGCGCAUAUGGCGAGGAAGGCGGCACCGGCAACGUCGCCGCCGACCUGAGGUCUGGCUCGGCCCUCCAGGACGCAGUAUCGAAGCCAAAUACGAGCGUGAGCACCUGCCGACCCAUCAGGCUGUCCCACACGGGCGAUACCAAGCCGCACCUGGGCGCAUUUCGCACCGGCAGUCGAGGACUGGCAUGCAGUCCCCAUGCCCAGGCUGUCCGUGCAGCCUCCGCCGCCGCGGCGUCCUUGACAGCAGUCAACAAGGAAAGGUGGUGCGUGACACAGUCGCUAAGCAUCGAUACAGACCUUUUUUCCUUCUCUCAGCUUCCCCAAGAGAAGCACGGCAGUAUGGUAGCAAAGCUGCGAAACAUGUUCGAAAGCAACAGGGAGAAAUGUCUGCGCACCAGCAGCAGCCAAGAGGGGUCAUCAAUAGCCACUCCAUCACUGAAGGACAAGGGCAUCUCCAAGAGCAGCCCACCACGGAAAACAGAAGGCGUUUCGCGAAAGGCUCUGCCUGCUUCAGAAAAGGGGGUGAGGGGAAUCAAUCAGAUGCAAAUCUCACCGCAGUGUCAAGUGCCAUUGCCCGUUGUUCCGGCGGUGGCGUACUGCAGCUUCUCCCACCUCUUCUCGCCAUCUUCCACACCGGUGCGAACUGAAAAGGGGGAGCUCGGGCCGCUAACGAACACGAUCAAAUCAGACAGCCUAUCCGGUACUUCUCGUCAGGACUCUGGUACGGACUUCGGCUGCACCGUGGCAGGCAGCUUAGCGAGCCCAUCCCCAAUGAUUCGUCGUGCCACAAUGGAGCCCCAGCAUGAGGUUUCGUCUGUGAAAGACUCGAGCGGCGCGUCUCCAUCUAUCUCUCUGCAGCGCAGCGAUCCCGGCUUCUCCCUUGCGUGCUUCAAAGUCUCGAACAUCUCUUCGGACACUGUGAACAUGUUCGAGUGCUGCGAUUUAUGA